AUGAUUAUGCCUUCCGAGUGCGUUAACGAAGUGUCUGCGGCCAAGCCUUCCGACGACAACGCCGCUUCAAACCAGACUCAGUCUAAUGAAGACCCUGCUGAGCCAGCAGCUUCGGGAGAGUCUCAACAGAAGACCUCAUCCGAAAAAUCAGAGAGCAAAGAAGAUGAUGCAGCUGCGAAAGCUCGCCAGCGGCAAGAAAGAUUCAAGGCCCUUCAAGCUCGUGCUAAAAAUGCAGCUGAGCGCAACCUGAAAGAAACUGCGGCCGAAACCCAGCGUCUAGCUACUGAUCCUGCAUUGCUCUCUUCAUUGUCGCGCAAGCACGCAUUUGCAUCUCACAACCUUCUCAAAGCAGAUACAGAGGCUGCCGGCGAAGAUUUCGAGCGUAAGAGAGCCUGGGAUUGGACCAUCGACGAAUCCGAGAAAUGGGAUCGGCGUAUGGAGAAGAAGCAGCGUCACCGCGACGAUGUUGCGUUUCAGGACUACACGCAGGAUGCACGGAAGGUAUACAAAAGACAGCUACGCGAAAUGCAGCCUGAUCUGGAGGCCUAUGAAAGGGAGAAGCUGGCUGCGAUUGAGAAGGCAGCUGCAAAUGGUGACUUGGAGAUCGUUGAAACCAGUGAUGGUGAGAUGAUUGCGGUCGACAAGAACGGUACUUUCUACUCGACGGCAGAUACGAUUGGGUUUACGGAGAACAAGCCGGAUCGAGCUGGAGUCGACAAAUUGGUCGCGGAUCUGAGAAAGGCCGAAGAGGUCCGACUUAAGAAGCGCAGGGAGCGCCGGGGAGAUGAAGAACCCGACGUCACAUAUAUCAACGAGAAGAACAAACAGUUCAACCAGAAGCUGGCACGAUUUUACAAUAAGUACACUACGGAGAUUCGUGACAGUUUCGAACGCGGUACAAUGAUUUGA